UCAUCCUCAACCAAGACUUUUCUAUUACCAUACACUCCUUGGAUCGUGGGUAUGCGGAAAAGUCAAAAUAUCAAAGGUAAUUCCAAUUCUGAGGAUACAGAAACAGAACUUCAAGACGAUUCUAGUUUUUUUUCAGUAGAAGAAUUGAACAGAAGGUUGAAUUCACCGUAUGCGCUAGGUUCUAGUGACCCCAAAACAACUCCUUCUUUACCUGAUCCCAGUAGUCAGAAUGAACUUAAAAUUUCUUCUAAUUCUAAUUCUACAAAAAACAAUCUUUUGCCAAAAGCUACUGGGACUUCAAGUCCGUCAAGCAGAGCGACUUCCCCAAACAAUAUCAAACGUGUUUCAGAUUUCAGUUUUGGUGAAAUUAUAGGAGAGGGCUCAUACAGCACAGUAUUGUCGGCCACAGAAAAUAAUACAAAGAGAGAGUACGCCAUUAAGGUGUUGGACAAACGACAUAUCAUAAAAGAAAAGAAAGUAAAAUAUGUCAACAUAGAGAAAGAAGCCUUGUACCUUAUUUCAAAGCACCCUGGGUUUAUUCGACUGUAUUACACCUUUCAAGAUACUCAGAAUCUGUAUUUUGUAUUUAGUUUGGCGAGAAAUGGUGAACUUUUGGAUUAUAUUAAUAAGCUUGGCAGAUUUAAUGAAGCUUGUGUUCAAUACUAUGGUGCGUUGCUCCUGGACUCUAUCGAUUUUAUGCACAAGCAAGGAGUUAUUCAUCGCGACUUAAAACCCGAAAACAUUCUUUUGGAUGACAACAUGAAAACAAAGAUUAUUGAUUUUGGUUCAGCAAAAAUACAAAAGACUGUUGGAAAGGAUGAAUCACUACCAGACGACCUUCCAAUCAACAACAAUCAUUCUAGAUCGUUUGUUGGAACGGCUCGAUACGUUUCUCCUGAAGUAUUGAACGACAAGAAUGCAAGCACUGCUUCAGAUGUAUGGGCAUUUGGCUGCAUUCUGUUUCAAAUGCUUACAGGAAAACCCCCGUUUAUUGCGGGAAACGAAUAUCUAGUCUUUCAAAAAAUUCUACAUCUUAGUUACGAAGUCCCUGUCGAUAUCUCUGAGACGGCUUCUGAUUUAAUUAAGAAAAUUUUAAUCCUAGAUCCGAGUGAACGGUUAACAACAAAAGAAAUCCGUAAUCAUCCGUUCUUUUCUGCAGUUAGAUUCGAUAAAACUUUAUGGGAAAUCCCCCCUCCUCGUCUCAAACCUGCUGGACACACAAGCACUCUCAGCUUGUCCGUCCCUAGCUUUGUUCCCAAAUCAACUGGCGACCCAAAUGACCAAACUCGUCCCUCUACUCUAUCUGUUUCUUCCGCUUAUCCUACCCCCAAUACACCUAUAAAUACCGCAUUUACCUUAUCCAGUCCUCCUGAAUUAGAAGAAAUGAAUAAGCGCUGGCAUAGCGUACUUCUGGAAGAUGAGAAAAUCUCCAAAAUUACCAUUUUAAACGUUUCAAGUAUGCCAGGGAGUGGAUCUCAUGAAGCUGUACGGUUCUUUUCCUCCUUAUUCCGGAAGAAAAGACCUCGCACGUUUAUUUUAACGACAUUCGGAAGAUGUCUCCUGGUUGCGAUGGAUAACGGAGGCAAAGCUACGAUAAAAGAAGAGCUUCCUAUUAAAAGCGUUGGAUUAAGAGUCCGCAGUGUUAAGAACUCCAAUCACACGUGGAUUAUGGAAACACCUACGAAGUCAUGGUCAUUCGAGGAUCCUCGUGAAGCGGCUUCGACAUGGAUAGAUUUAAUUAACAAAGCAACUUCAGUCACUACUUCUUUUGAAAAUCAUUCUGUUACUAGUUUUUCAAGGAGCAUUGCGAGAAGUGUUUCUUAGACUGUUUUUUUGCUUUGUUUCUUUUUCUUACGAUUCCUCUAAACCUUCGUGAUAAAGUCGUCUUUUCUACCUGUUUUGUUGAUAUCUUCUACUUUAUGUUGUCAUUCUUUUGUAGCAUUGUUGUUUUUCUUUUACCUUUUUAUUGUUACGUAGACGUUCAUAUUUUAUAAUCUGGAUCCAUUAAAAUAUUUUAUAGUCACUCUUUUGAAGUUUUCCAGGAUGAAGUUCUGUUUAAGAUUACUUCUGCUGAAUUUUUGAAUAAUAAUGUUUGCUUGUGAAUAUUUUUUGUGUUGUUAUCAUUCAUGGUGCUUACGUU